UCUAGUUGUGGCUGGGAGAAGUCUGUUUAGCAGUACAGCAGGAUGUGUGCAUGGUGGUGAUCAGGGCACUGGUAUAAGGUAUGGCAGUGAUUAGGAUGCUGGUAUGGGAUAUGGCGGUGAUCAGGACGCUGAUAUGGGGUAUGGCGGUGAUCAGGAUGCUGGUAUGGUGCAUGGUGAUGAUCAAAAUGCUGGUAUGGUAUGUGGUGGUGAUCAGGGCGCUGUUAUGAUAUAUGGCGGUGAUCAGGGCGCUGGUAAGGCAUAUGGCGGUGAUCAGGGAACUGGUAUGGCAUAUGUGGUUAUCAGGGCACUGGUAUGG